AUGGCAUACACCCUUCUUCCAACAGAACUAUGGUUGGAGGUUUUGGAAGAUCUCGCACCAGCAACUCCUUGGACGCCAGCAGACUAUGCACUGUCGGAAUGCUCUCUUUUGCCUAUAUUCAAGCUCUACCAUCGCCGGCUCCAGCAUUUAGCAUCUAUACGGAGUGUCUGUCAACAAUGGGACGCAAUUUUGUGCGACCUCAUCUAUAACCACGUAGUCCUACCCUCUCAUCCUUUGUCAAUCGCUCGUGAAACCAUUGGGAUCCUCCGCCAUCACGUCGAUCGUAUACGGGCUAUAACCAUAUGCGAUCUAAGCUAUGGUGAUCGUCCGAUUACUGAAGAGGAGAGAGGGGUAUCCGCAGCUCUGGUCAACCGUCACCUCCAGAAGUACCUGGGCAACGCUCAUACCCGAAUCCACAUCGAACGACUCGUCCUAGAAGGCGGAGAGGUAUACAUGAAGCGGAACUGGGGUCCCAAGACCAUUCCAAACGCCCCUGCCACAGUUAAACACCUUGUUCUCUCCUUCCUCCAGGCCAUCCCCGUUUCCCUCGCAUUGGUGCACCUUGGGCAGAGUCUGGAGACACUGGAACUCCACGAAUGGUCGUACUACGAUAGCGAUACACCUCCCACCUUCCACCUUCCAAAGCAAUUCCAGUGUCUCCAGAAGCUGGUGCUGCAGAACUGCUGCAUUGCUAAAUGUGAUGCGUUCAAGUUAUUCGAGCGCAUCGGGGCUCUCACUUAUUGUCCCAAGCACAAGAAAAGAAUUCAUCAGUCGCAACUGCGGGACUUCCGAGUCAAAGGCGGUACGAGCCUCGAUCCCAACCGAAUCGUCACGAUGCUACGCACCAACAGCAUUGGGAAGGGGUUGACCAUCCUCCACAUCCAUUUCCAUCACGGGAGGAUGUACCUCGCACCAGAAACAGCCGCCACCAUAUCUCAUUCCGCCGCGGCGACAGCCAUCGCGAAAGAAUGCCAGUCCCUCAUCGACUUCCGAUAUGCAGGAUCCAUCGAGAAGGCUUUCUUCAAGCACCUUUCCAAGUCGCUCAAAAUCCUUGCGCUUGCUGUCUGGCCCCCGAGUAUUCGUCCCCACGAGAGUAUACUAUGGUGGCAGAGCCUGGACUUGGGGUACUUCACCCCCGACAAGAUAGGGGACGUCGUUUCGCUGAGCGAAAAUCGGUACCACCUCGAGCGCUUGAUCAUAUUGGUACAGUGUUUGGUAGGAGAGGACACCCCUCCGGACUCCUUCAUCAAAGCAGUUUACGAAGCUUUAGAGGCUUUGGGCAUCCCGUUCGAAGUGGAACUUCUCAACGCGGCUAGUAGGCCAACGACCUGA